AUGUCAGACCUCGGCUCCUCAGCAGCAGCGACGCCUCUCCCCGAACCCCCUCCAAAACGUCGCAAAGUCGUCGCACACAGCACAUCCGCGACACCGCGAUCAAGCUCACCAGAUGAGCUCAACGACACAACACGGUCCAGCACAUCCCGCCGCCUGUCGACCAACCGCGGCCGUCCCAGCAUGACACCUAGCAGGUCUCCUAGCGAGGAUGAGCUCAACGAGGCGGCAUACUACUCGCGCUCAUCGCACUCCAAAUCCCGAUCACGGUCGCACUCGGGGUCGCGCUCGCGCUCGCGCACACCGAGGUCGGUGACCGCCUCGCCCUCCCGCUCACGCAGCGACGACGACGACGACGAUGACGACGAGGAGGACGAGUCGCGCGCGGGAUCACGGUCGCCUGCAUCCACAUCGGGCGGCAGUCUCUCAGGCGCCGUCGAUCGCAGGCUACGUCUCUCCUCGACCAACGGCGGCGCAGAUACUGGUGCGACAGUGACGACGCCCAUGACACCCGGGCCCGUGAAGAAGGGCCCCGUGAGGCCGCGGUACGAGGAGGAAAGGGUGCUGAGCGGUCACGCGGGAGCGCCCGCCUCGCAGGUGCGGAUAUCGCCCGACGGCAGGUGGAUCGCGAGCGCUUCGGCCGACGGGACCGUCAAGACGUGGGACGCGGCCACGGGGGAGCACAUGGACACCCUGGUGGGCCACAUGGCCGGCGUGAACUGCGUGGCGUGGAGCCCCAACAGCGGGAGCCUGGCGACUGGCUCCGACGACAAGUCGAUUCGCAUCUGGGACCGGGUGACGGGCCGGCCAAAGGUCACGGCCAAGGGCGUGGGCCACAUGGCCAAGGACGACGCGGCGCCCGCGGCGCAUCCUAUGCUGCCGCUGCGGGGACACCACAACUACGUGAUGUGUCUCGCCUUCUCGCCCAAGGGAAACAUACUCGCCUCGGGAUCGUACGACGAGGCCGUCUUUUUGUGGGAUGUGCGAGCGGGUCGCUUGAUGCGUAGUUUGCCGGCGCAUAGCGACCCGGUCAGCGGCAUCGACUUUUCAUGCGACGGCACGUUGGUCGUGAGUUGUUCGACCGACGGUCUCAUUCGCAUAUGGGACACCUACACCGGUCAGUGCCUCCGCACCCUAGUCCACGAAGACAACCCCGCCGUAACCUCCGUCUGCUUCGCGCCCAACGGCCGCUUCGUCCUCGCCUUCAACCUCGACAACAGCAUCCGCCUCUGGGACUACGUCGCCGGUUCCGUAAAAAAAACGUACCAAGGCCACGCCAACAACCGCUUCGCUAUCGGCGGCUGCUUCGGCCUCGUCCCCGGCGAGGGCGCCUUCAUCGCCUCGGCCAGCGAGGACGGCGAGAUUGUGCUGUGGGACGUCGUCACCAAGGAGGUUGUUCAGCGCAUCCCCGCCCACAAGAAGGAUUCUUCUUCGCACCGGGGAGGCGGCAAGGGUGCCAACGUGUGUUUCUGGGUCGAUGUCAAUGGGGAUGUCAUGGUGUCGGCGGGGCAGGACGGACGGAUACGCAUCUUCAAGAGGUUGUUGGGCGAAGGGGAGGUUGAUGCCGUGGCUGCUGCUGCCGCCGCUGUUGCUGGUACUGAAACCGAUGGGGCGGAGAAGACACUGACGAAUGGUCUCGCGAUUGGUGAGGAGACUAGGGGAGAGGAAGUCGCCAAUGUCAAUGGCACGGAACCGCCGAUAAAGCAGGAAGAAGACAUCGAUAUGGCUGGUGUGUGA